AUGAUCGAUCGUCCCGAGUUUGGAGCACGAGAUUACUCUCUGCUGAAAAGCGAUCAAUCUCCCAUUCAUAGUGAUCAAUUGCCUGACCCACCUGAUCUAUGUGAAGAUAUUUCUUAUACGAAUCUCACACCUACAGACAAUACAGAACAACAAGAUGAAGACCCCUCUUCUAACUCAAUAAUACCAACAGACCAAUCUCCUGAGAAUAUCCUUGAGGUAAUUACUCAUACUAGACUUGUGCAUUUAAAGGAUAAAACUAUUGGAUAUCAAUUACCUUUCAGGAAAAAUCGUGGGAAGCCACCAAACUGUUAUUCACCUGAUAUUGGCAAAACAUCCAAGUAUCCAAUUGCAAAUCAUGUAUCCACUGAGAAGCUGUCAGAACCACUCAAGGCUUUUGUGCACCAGUUGUUUGCUAUCCAUAUUCCAACCAAGAUCUCUGAAGCAUUGAAAGAUCCUAAAUGGGUCCAAGCUAUAAAAGAGGAGAUGAAAGCUCUUCAAAAAAAUCAGACUUGGACAUUGGAGACUAUACCACGAGGAAAAAAGACUAUCGGAUGUAGAUGA